AUGUCUAUAGAGAUUGAGCAGCCUUCUUGUGUUGAGCUAUCAAAAGUUGCAGUUUCUGAAACUCAUGGAGAAAACUCUCCAUAUUUUGCUGGUUGGAAGGCUUACGAUGAAGACCCUUAUGAUGAAUCAAAUAACCCAUCAGGAAUCAUACAGAUGGGAUUGGCUGAAAAUCAAGUUUCAUUCGAUUUGCUAGAAGAGUACUUGGAACAACAUUCAGAAGCAUUUAUAUGGGGGAAACGAGCACCUGGUUUUAGAGAAAAUGCCUUGUUUCAAGAUUAUCAUGGACUCAAAUCAUUGAGGCAGGCGAUGACAAGUUUCAUGGAACAAAUAAGAGGCGGAAGGGCGAAAUUUGAUCCUGAUAGAGUCGUCCUCACCGCCGGUGCCACUGCCGCCAAUGAGCUGUUAACCUUCAUUUUGGCUGAUCCUGGCGACGCCUUGCUUGUUCCAACUCCAUACUAUCCAGGAUUUGACAGAGAUUUAAGGUGGAGGACUGGUGUGAAAAUUGUCCCUAUCCAUUGUGACAGCUCAAACAGUUUCCAAAUUACUCAACAAGCAAUGGAAGCUGCAUAUAAAGAAGCAGAAGCCAUGAACACCAAAGUUAGAGGUAUUCUGAUAACCAACCCAUCAAACCCACUAGGAGCAACAAUCCAACGCUCAGUUCUAGAAGAGAUUCUUGAUUUUGCAACCCACAAAAACAUCCAUCUUAUCUCAGAUGAAAUCUACUCCGGCUCAGCUUUCUCCUCUUCCGAAUUUACAAGCAUUGCAGAAAUUCUGGAAUCUCGCCAAUACAAAAAUUCUGAAAGAGUUCAUAUUGUUUAUAGUCUUUCCAAAGAUCUUGGCCUCCCAGGUUUUAGAGUUGGAACAAUAUAUUCGUAUAACGAUAAAGUUGUUGCUACAGCGAGGAGAAUGUCUAGCUUCACUCUUAUUUCCUCUCAAACGCAACAUCUCUUGGCUUCUAUGCUAUCUAACAAGAAAUUUACAGAAAAUUAUAUCAAAACAAACAGAGAGAGACUGAGGAAGAGACACGAAAUGAUUAUUGAAGGAUUGAAGAGAGCUGGGAUUGAGUGUUUGAAAGGCAAUGCAGGGUUAUUUUGCUGGAUGAAUUUAAGCCCAUUGCUGGAGGAACAAAAAAGAGAAGGUGAAUUGGCGCUUUGGGAUUAUAUAGUAAAUGAAGUGAAGCUAAAUAUCUCACCAGGGUCUUCUUGCCAUUGUGCAGAGCCUGGAUGGUUCAGGGUGUGCUUUGCGAACAUGAGCGAGCAGACGCUGGAAAUUGCUUUGAAAAGAAUACAAGAUUUUAUGCAGCAACGAAAGAGAAAGAAAGUUGAUAUCUUCUGA